GUGUGCGAGCGAGCGCCCCGUGUUAGUUCUCGUCCUAGCAGACUUGCCCGACUGCCCGACUGUACAGCGACAUCUAGCACUUCUUCAGACCAGUUGUCCUCCUCCAGUGUGAACAAUGUCGCAACAGAGAGUUUGCGGUAUGCGGCUGUCGUCCCUUGGAGUCGUCGCCGUUCUACUCUACCUUAUUGAUCACUCACUAGCCGCGCUGGACGGAUAUGUUGCGGGCGAGGACUACCCGGACUUCGCGGAGGUGCCGAAAGGCCUGUCAUUCACCUGUGAUGAUAAGAUACCCGGCUACUAUGCAGAUCCAGAGACAUCCUGCCAGGUGUGGCACUGGUGUGUGCCGAGCAUUGGUGGCAACGUGAUGUACUCGUUCCUGUGCGCGCCCGGCACCGUCUUCAACCAGCGCUCCCGCGUCUGCGACUGGUUCUACAAGGUGGACUGUCAGACGUCGCCGGCGUACUACGCCAUAAACGAGGACCUCUACAAAGACGAAGCUGGCAACUACAUCGCGGGCAAAAAGUAGAUUGUAACGAACAAAUCUUAAAGACCAGAACACCGCGCACGCAAGCACGGGAUCUGCCAUUCAGUGCUCACGAUUUAUCUGAAUUAGUUAAUGUAAUUAUAUAGUUAAGCAAAUUGUGCAAUUGCCUUCACGUAGUUACCUUUAGUUGUAUUUUUGGUAUGUUUAUUGCUAGCCUUAGUUUAUAAAUAGCAAAAGUUACCAUUAGAAUAAUUGCUAAUAAAUCUUUCAGGCGCCAUAAGCAAUUACAAAAAUAAACAUCAAUGUCGAACAAUAACAAGAUGUUUAUUAUAAAUAUGUAUUAUAUUACUAUAAUGAUUGCUCAUAGCGCCUGGAAUAUUGUUUUACGCUCGACGUUACGCUUGUUAAAAACUGUACCAAUAAGCGUAACAUCGACUCGCAGAAGAUGACUGCGUUUUAUUAGGUUAUGUUACGACAUUUAUAUUAUAGCUUACACAGUUACCAUACCUUAGUUAAUAAUUCCAUAUUAACUUCUUAUGUACACAAAAUAACAAAUACCACAAAGCAACAUCUAACUAUAAUUUAAGCGACCGAAGUUACCAAUUACGUAUUUAUUUACAAAUAUAAGUAUUAUUAAAAACUGUACAAGAAAAAGACAAAUUUACAAUCUUUAUAAUGAAAAUUGAAAUAUUUUUUAAAUGCAGCAAUUUGAAAUAUUGAUAUUUUCCUAGUACUAUAUAAGAAAAGGGAGCAACAUAGAAAGGUAAAGAUAAUAGAUUUUUAUGGUGACUUAACUUUAAAAAGGUAUGAUAAUAUGACGAAAUUACAAUAUUUUUGGAGUCGUAAUCAACUAGAACAUUUGUGUUUUCUUGCAAUUAGCUGCUUUAGGAGAUGACCAUGUAUAGAUAUAACAUUAUGUCAAAGAUUCGUUUGGGAAUGUCGCACUAAGCCAAUUCACCGACAAUUUUUUGAAUGUACGCACUUAUUUUUUUUUAAUAAUUUAUGUGUGUAAAUAUAUCAUGAAUUUGUAAUAUUUUGUAAAUAUUUUGAGACAUACGUUAUCUGAAAUUGCUCUUAUUUUUGACUAAUGAUUUAUCUAAAAUGAACAUUUACAGAAUCGUUACAAGAGAAAGGAUUCAGAUUAAAAGUCAACCGAAGCCCAAACGACGUAUAGUGAUCCGGCGCCGGCGACUGACAGACAAACAGACAGACACGACCGAGUCCACGGCGUUUAACGUAUUGCCUGUAAACUCGUCAUGACAGGGAAAGUACAGACCUGUGCAAAAGUGAACAUGAUGCUAAAUUUUAUUUCAUUUAUUUCUCAAAGUUGCUUUACCUAAAAUCUGAUACAUCAAUUUAUUUUUGACAAACGACCUUGUUGAAGAUGUUUCUAAAUAAAAAUUAGCUUUCAACUAAUUUGAUGUACGUCAAAAACUCCAUGAUUUAUUGGUUUAUUGAUUCAUUGAAGUAAGUUGUUGUAACUGCUUAAAAUAGUUAAUCAAUAACCCGUUAGAUCCGACGCUUACCAAGAUUGGAUUGACGCUUGAAGUACAAAAACUUGUUAACAAAGCCCUUCGCUUUAAUAUAUUGUAUGUUCAUGUAUAGUUCAUACAUACAUACAUACAUAUAUAUGUAUGACGUGUAUAAACUUGUAGUGUAAAUAAAGCAAGAUUUGUAUGUUUUGUAAUAAAUGAUUA